UCGAAAAAACAAAAUAUUAGUGGGCAGGUGAGUUACACUGCUCGGUGUAACGGCAGUUUGGUGUGCUGGAGUGGCUCCGUAAGCUGUACCGUGUUACUCGACAGUUGUACCCGGAGUUUGGCACCAUGCUGAACGCUGCAGCCGCAGAGAGGAACAAGGACCCUAUCCUGUCGGUGCUAGGGGACAGCGUGAACACCGGGAGACCCCUGCAGGCGUUGGAGAUCUCCUCCGGUACCGGACAGCACGUCACACACUUCGCUCAGGCCCUGCGGAACAUAACCUGGCAGCCGUCAGAGUACGACCGUCAGUCUCUGGCCAGUAUAGAAGCGUACAGAGCCCACUAUCAGCUGCACAAUGUGAAGCCUGCCAUCCACCUGGAUGCUUCUCUGCCCCAUGAGUACUGGGGAGGGAUCCAGCCAGAGAGCCUCGAUCUGGUAGUCAACAUCAACAUGAUCCACAUUUCUCCAAUAGCUUGCACACAGGGUUUAUUCAAGGGAGCUGGAGCAGUGCUGAAGCCGCAAGGCCUACUGUUCACAUACGGGCCCUAUGCAGUGAAUGGUCAGAUCACCCCACAGAGCAACAUUGACUUUGACUACAGCUUACGGCAGAGGAACCCAGAGUGGGGCCUCAGGGAUAUUGCAUUCCUCACUUCAAUAGCACAAAGAAGUGGUUUAUUCCUGGAGAAAGUAGUGGACAUGCCAGCGAACAACAAAUGUCUUCUGUUCAGGAAGGAGAGUUUGGUGUGAAGUUUCUUUCUCUGGAUGCAGACCAGUAUCAGAGUGGGAGGGUUGAAGCGCCUUAACUUACACUUAAAGCUUCAGAUACAUUGCCAAAUUUUUCUGAACUAUAAACAAAUCAUGUUUCCCCUUAUUCUAAUAAAAACUGACAUUAAAUGAAAUAAACGGAUCAGAAUUGUUAUACACUAAUCUAUCAUAAAGUAUAUUCUGUAUUGCAUACUUGAGUAAAAUCAAUGA